CGUUCCAGCCCGGCUGCGGGUGGCACGACAGGUGUCAGUGCCUCCGCGGAUGCCGGGGGACACGGCUCGGCAUGGGGACCGGCGAGCGCAGGGAUGACUUCGAGUGGGUCUACACGGACCAGCCGCACACGGCCCGGCGCCGCGAGAUCCUGGCCAAGUACCCGGAGAUCAAGCAGCUGAUGGGGCCGGACCCGCAGCUGAAGUGGGUGGUGUCGCUGAUGGUGCUGACGCAGGUGGUGGCCUGCUACCUGGUGCGGGACCUGCCCUGGAAGUGGGUCAUCUUCUGGGCGUACGCCUUCGGGGGCUGCCUCAACCACGCCAUGACCUUGGCCAUCCACGACAUCUCGCACAACGUGCCCUUCGGGAACGGGCGGGCGCGCUGGAACCGCCUCUUCGGCAUCUUCGCCAACCUGCCCGUGGGCGUCCCCUACUCGGCCUCCUUCAAGAAGUACCACGUGGACCACCACCGCUACCUGGGCGGGGACGGGCUGGACGUGGACGUGCCCACCGACUUGGAGGGCCGGCUCUUCUGCUCCCCGGCCCGCAAGCUGCUCUGGCUCUUCCUGCAGCCCUUCUUCUACACGCUGCGCCCGCUCUGCGUCAACCCCAAGCCCGUCACGGCCAUGGAGAUCCUCAACGCCGGCGUCCAGGUGGCCUUCGACCUGCUCCUCUACCUCCUGUGGGGCGCCAAGCCGGUGGUCUACCUGAUCGCCGGGUCGUGCCUGGCCAUGGGGAUCCACCCCAUCUCCGGGCACUUCAUCGCCGAGCACUACAUGUUCCUCAAGGGCUACGACACCUUCUCCUACUACGGCCCCUUGAAUUGGCUGACCUUCAACGUGGGCUACCACAUGGAGCAUCACGACUUCCCCAGCAUCCCCGGCAGCCGGCUGCCGCAGCUGGAGAAACCGAGGCCCGGGGACGGGCGGAGCCGGGCAGGGAACCCAGGUCAAGAAGAUCGCGGCCGAGUACUACGACCCCCUGCCCCACCACACCUCCUGGGUCUGCGUCCUCUGGGACUUCGUCUUCAGCGACACGCUUGGCCCCUACGCCCGGGUCAAGCGGACCUACACCGCUGCCCAGGAGCAGUAACUGUGGGCCGGGGGGGGGGGGCGAGGGCAGGUGGGGGGUAAUAUCUGCUUCUCUGCCAUACCAGCCUGGGGGCUAGACCUGCUCGAUUCCCCCCACCCUCCUCUCCAUGCACACCUAUGCAGGGGGCGUGGCCCAGGGGAGUGGGCGGGGCAGGGGGAAGGGGCAGGGCUCCUUUUGAGGUCCUCCCCCAGGUCAAUCAGAGCCGCCUUUGGGCUGCUGUAGCAGGCCUCCGGGCCUGCAGCCCUGCCUGGGGCGUCAGGGCCGCUACGUCCCCCCCCGCGGCCUCCUCGCUGCUGCUGUCGGUUCUCCCCCGGGUCUGGGGGCAGCUGGAGGGGGGGCGGUUUUAGGGGUCUGCUGCUGGUUCCCAGGCGCGGGGUGCGGCCUGCUCCUGUUCGCUGCCCCGAGCCUGGCGGGGACGGGGAGACGUGGAAAUCAGGAGGCCAGGCGUCACAGCCGCGCGCUGCCCCCGCGCUCGCCUCCUCUUGCGUGUCGCGGGGUGGCAAGAGCCAGGCCAGGGGCCCUCGCCCCCCCGCCCCGCCUGCCCAUGUCAGAAUAAAAUGCAUCCCGUGCCCA